AUGUGGCCUGCCAUCUUGAGGUGUUUCUAUAUGUCUGACACUAUUGCUGUUCAUUGUAGUGGAAAUGAUUCGUUAUUGUUUCAAAAAGCACCAACAGACAAGCAAGACUAUAUAGAAUUUCAUGGCGAAGUUGAUGAUAUUGAAGAUUUAGAAGAUAGUUUACAAGCAUCGGCAGUAAAUCUAGUGAAUGCAACUAAUACACAAAAUCGUUUAACAGAUGUUACAAUGUCAUCAGUAAAUAAAAUCACACAUAUUUCACCUGAAUCAUCGUUGUUAAUUGAGGAUAAAAUCGUUCAGAUACUCUCGAGAUUGAACACACUACCAGCAUCGACUCAGGGGAAUUAUUUUGUAUCCGAUGUUAUUGCACUCACAAAACCGAGAAUCAAAGAAGAAAACUUAGAAACAAAACGUGUUCGAUCAUAUGAAAUUGGUGAAGCAUUUGAUGAAGAAGUUUUAGAUGACGAAACACGUACGCAAAAACAAAAACAAAAACGUAAACAAUUACCGGCCUCGGUUCGAGUCAAUUCACUUUUAAGUCGAAUUGAAAAUGUUCUUAAUCCAUUUGUAAAAUAUGCCAAACAAAACAUUAUUCCAUAUAUAAAUAUAGCCGAUGACGAUGAUGAUGAAAAAUAA